AUGAGUUUUUCAGAUGAAUCAGAAGAUGAAGAAGAAAUCAAAAAGAGACUUUAUGCAGAUCUAGAUUAAGUUUCAGUCAAUGAUAAUUAGACGGAAAGAAGUUUUAUUUUUGAAUAACAUAAUUAUGAAAUUCAUGAUUAUAAGUAAUCUAAAAUUUGGUUAGAGUUCAUGAAUCAAAAUAAAUAGAGAGAAGAAAUGUUAGAUAAAAUUGAAAAUGAUAUUCAACUUAUGAAGUAAAUUAAUCAAGGAAAUUAAUGUAUUGAAAUUGAAGAUUAUAAUGGUGAUCACCUUAAAGUAGAACUUAAUGAUUAAUUACCUAAUGAAAUUAUUGCUUAAAUCAAAGAAUAACCAUAACAAAAAAUCAUUUUACAUGAUGAAAUAUUACUAUAAUAAUAACAAACACAAAUCUCUGAUUUAUAGAAAUCUUACACUUCAUAAAUAUCUACAAAAAAACCAGAACGAACUUUAUCAGCCAUUAAACACUCAAAGUCAAAUAAUAAGUAGAAUGUUUAAGAUUUAAAAUUAGAAUUAAUGCAUUAAUAAAGAGAGAUUAUGUAAAUGGAAAUUGAAGACAACUAUUCAAGAGAAUAUUAAGAUUUCUGGAUUAAAUAAUUAUUUAAAAAUAGGCUAUAUAAUUUACCUGAAGAAUUUCCUGCUUUAAAACCUAUCUCAUUUUCUAUCAAAAUACCUGAUUUUAAUAUUCCUGUCUUCAAAACUCCUUCCAUCUAAGCACCUUAAAUAUUAGAUUUAGUGGAAGAUAAUCUUGCUCCAAGUAAUACUAAAGAAUUGGUUUUUGCAAGAUUACAAAAUAUUAAAUUUUAAAAACUUAAAUAUAUUGAAACAUAAUUAGAGAUUAAAUAAAACAAAGAAACCUAACCAGUACAAUAAAUUGACUCUGAACUCAAAUAUAAUAUUGUAUAUUAAGAUUACUUAAAAAAUCAAUAGUAAUUAGUCUUGAGUGAUAGUAUUGAAGAUAUUUAUUGGAAGAAAGUUAAUAAUCUACAUUAGGAUUUAAUUAAUAUGUAUUCUAAUUUCAUUAAUAUAGGAUUAAUAAAUUGAUUCAGAAGUAUCCCAAGUAUAAUCCUUAUCGAUCUCCUUUUACUGAAUAUGAUUAGCCUAAAACCAAUUUAGAUAAUAUUAUUAUUACAGAUGAUACUUCUAACUUAAACUUAAACUUAUUUCAAUAAUAUGUUCAAAAUAAUUAGGUGUCUAAAUUUACAAGAAAAUUAGAAAUUAAACUUGAGAAUCUCACUACACUUGAUGGAAUUUAAGAAAUGAAAGACAUAAGAAAAGCUAUCUUAUCAUGUAAUCAAAUUAAUGAUCUUACUCCACUUUCUACUUUAAAUAAUUUAAUCGAAGUGGAUCUUUAAUAAAACAAUAUUUAGACUUAUCAUCAAUUGGGUAAAUUGAAUAAUUUAAGAAUAUUACGUCUCGAAAUGAAUCACAUAUAAGAAAUGAGCAAACUUAUUAAUUGUGUAUUCCUAGAAGUUUAUUCUUUAAAAGGCAAUAAAAUUUAAUCAAUUACUAAUUUAGAAAAUUUGGAAUUCUUGAAACAUCUAUAUCUCUAUAAAAAUUAAUUAAAAAGUAUUGGGAAUAUAUCAAAAUGUGUAAUUUUAGAGAUGCUUGAUUUAAGUUCAAAUCAAAUUGAAAUUGGAUUGAAUGAGAAUCCUUUCAAAAAUAAUCAAUGCUUACGUAAAUUAAUCCUCACAAAAAACAAAUUAUAACACUUGCCUGAAAUGAGAUUACUUAUGCUGAAUGAAUUAUAUCUAAAUAAGAAUAAACUUGAAUCACUUGAUGGAAUUGUUUACUUACCCUCUUUACAAGUAUUCUAUUAUUUUAUAAGAUUUUAUAAGUUUAAGAUAAUUAAUUAUAGACUUGUUACGAUACUGAAUAUUAGAUCUCUUACAUUCCUAAUAUUUAGUAAAUAGAUUUAUCGGGUAAUAGAAUUCAAUCCUUCGGGACCAUAAUAAACUUUAUCCAAAGAUGCAAUGAGUUAAAACAAAUAAAUUAUCUUGAAAAUCCAUUUUUGCUUGGUUUAUCUGAAGUAUUAAUAUUCAAUUAUGAUAGGAAGUACUUCAAUUAUAUCGAUAUAUGUUAAUUAUUAAUUGUUCAUAGUUAAUUGAAGUAAAUCAAGCAUUGUUAAAUAAGAAGGAUUAAGAAUUCUUAAAGGAUAAAUUUUAUGGUUUUCUAGAGCCUCCAUAAAGAAAAUCAUAAUAAUUAGAAUUGGAAAGAAGUUUUAAUAAGUUGAUCAAUCAAUUAAACAACAAUACUUAAAUAAUGCAUAAGAUAAAUGGAUUAGAAUAAAGAAAAAUAACUAAAAUUCAUCCUUUUACAUACACAGAGAGAUUUAAAAUCAUACAAAUAUUAAACGAUUUAACAUUUAUAAAGAAUAACUUUUAAAUCAAUAUUGAUGUUGACAAAGAAAUAUCUGAUUUUAAUUAAAAAUAUCAGAAAUCCCUUUAUAAAGUAUAGACUUUAUUAAUAAGAUGGAUUUAUAGAUUUAAAAAGAGAUAAAAGUUUUACAAAUCUAAAUUAAAAUAAUUGAUAAUUGUAUAAUCUCUUAUUAGAGGUUAUUUGGCUAGAAAAUUGCCAUAAAUAAAACUAUUGAGAUAAAAAUAUAAUAAAAAAAGAUUAAAUAUUUUUGCUUUGAAAAUUUAAAAGGUUUGGAGAGGGUACAUAAUAAGAAAAAGAUUAAGAGAUAGGAUGAAAAAUAUCAAAUUUGAAGAUAGUGAAUUGGAUGAUUUAGGUGAAAUUGAUGAUGAUUUUUUAAAACAAGAUAUUGAUCUUAAUUUUGACCUAAGAAUACCUUAAGGAUUAGACUUAUAAUAAAUUUUUAAAUAGAGUUAAAAUUAGUAGUAAUUAUUACAGUAAUAGAUCACUCAAUAAGCAUAAUAAAAAGUUUAGUAAACCUUAUAACAAUAAAUCCCAAUGAAAUAAUCAUCAUCAAGCACAAAAAAACCAAGUAAUAAUACUGAAACUCAGAUGAGAACGUCUCAUUUAUCAGGAACUUAAUCAUAAUCUUAAAUGGGAUAAAGUAAAUAUAGUGAAAAAACAGCUAAGACAGAUACAUUACCAACAAUAGGGGAGCAUACUAAAGUAAUUAAUGACAAUAUAUAAUUUGUUAGAAAAUAAUGUAAAAUUGGAACUUUAAAGAUCCUGCUGUGGCCUAUACUAUUGCAUGUAAAUUAUAAAAGGAACAAAAAAGAAAGAAUAAAGCUAAAGAAUUAACUGCGUAGGAGAGAUUAGAGAGAUUUAAGAAACAUUGAAAUUAUUUUUAUUUU